GCCGGACCCCCACUGCCCUGCACUCCGCUGCAGCUGCAGUGAGCCGUGAUGAUACACACAUAACACACACACACACAUAACAAUCAUGGCGGAGAAUGAAACCCUGGAGUGUAUAACGGAGCACGAGCGGAUUUUACAGGAAAUUGAGAGCACCGACACGGCCUGUGUCGGUCCCACUCUCCGGUCUAUUUACGAUGACCAGCCCAAUGCCCACAAGCGCUUCAUGGAGAAGCUGGAUGCCAGGAUAAGGAACCAUGACCGUGAGAUUGAGAAGAUGUGCAAUUUCCACCACCAAGGCUUUGUGGACGCCAUCACAGAGCUCCUCAAAGUCCGAACCGAUGCAGAGAAACUGAUGGGUCAAGUGACAGACACUAAUCGAAGACUACAAGAAGCUGGGAGGGAGGUGACAGCUCAGACAGAGGAGGUGAUUCGCUGUCGGAUCCAGCAGAGGAACAUGGCCACCACUGUGGAGAAGCUCCAGCUCUGUAUACCAGUGCUAGAAAUGUACAGCAAACUUAAGGAGCAGCUGGAAUCUAAAAGAUACUAUGCUGCAUUGAAAACCAUGGAGCAACUGGAGAAGGUCUACAUCCCCAGAGUCAGCCAGUACAGGUUCUGUCAGAUCAUGGCCGAAAACCUGCCCAGACUGAGAGAGGAGAUCAAGGAGAUCUCCAUGUCUGACCUCAAGGACUUCCUCGAGAGCAUCAGAAAACACUCCGACAAGGUCGGAGAGACCGCCAUGAGACAGGCACAGCAGCACAGGACCUUUAACAGUGCAGUAGCAAAGCAGGCUAGUUUGGGCCACUACACCAAGCCUGUGUACUCCCUCAAUGGACGAACACACACUCACACUCACAACGGUCUGAUGAUGGACGAUGACACAGGAGACGAGGAGGAAGGCGAUGAAGAGAUUCUUACAGCUCAGGACCUGGUAGACUUCUCACCUGUCUACAGGUGUUUACACAUUUACACUGUGCUGGGUGACAGAGAAACAUUUGAGAACUACUACAGGAAACAGAGGAAAAAACAGGCCAGGCUAGUACUGCAGCCACAGGCUAACAUGCAUGAGACCGUGGAAGGCUACAGAAAAUACUUCAAUCAGAUUGUGGGGUUCUUUGUUGUGGAGGACCAUAUCCUCCAUGCCGCACGGGGGCUGGUGACCAGAGCUUUCACUGAUGAACUGUGGAACAUGGCCCUGUCCAAGAUCAUCGCUGUGCUCCGAACGCACUCUUCAUACUGUGAUGAUCCAGACCUGGUCCUGGAGCUGAAGAACCUCAUAGUCAUCUUUGCUGACACACUACAGGGUUAUGGUUUUCCAGUGAACCGACUGUUUGACUUACUGUUUGAGGUCAGAGACCAGUACAAUGAAACUCUGCUGAAGAAGUGGGCACUGGUUUUCAGGGAGAUCUUUGAGUUGGACAACUACAGUCCCAUCCCAGUGGAAACAGAGGAGGAAUAUAAACUGGUGGUCAGCCGCUUUCCCUUCCAUGAUGCUGAGAUAGAGAAGCAGGACUUUCCUAAGAAGCUGCCAAUGUCCCAGUCUGUCCCUCAGAUCUACACACAGGUUAAAGAGUUCAUUUACGCCAGUCUCAAGUUCUCAGAGUCACUACACCGCAGUUCAACAGAGAUUGACGAUAUGUUGCGAAAAUCAACCAACCUGCUGCUGACAAGAACACUCAGCAGCUGUCUGCAAAACCUCAUCAAGAAACCUCACAUAGGACUAACUGAGCUGGUGCAGAUCAUCAUUAACACCACCCACCUGGAGCAGGCCUGCAGGUAUCUAGAGGAGUUCAUAACAAACAUCACCAACGUCUCCCCCGAAACAGUACACACCACAAGACUUUAUGGCUUGUCCACCUUCAAGGAUGCUCGUCAUGCUGCAGAGGGAGAGAUUUAUACCAAACUGAACCAGAAGAUCGAUGAGUUUAUCCAGCUUGCAGACUAUGAAUGGGGCAUGGCUGAGUCGGACGGUCGUGCGUCUGGAUAUCUCAUGGACCUGAUCAACUUCCUGCGUUCCACUUUCCAGGUCUUCACACACCUCCCGGGUAAAGUGGCCCAGACAGCUUGUAUGUCAGCCUGUAAGCAUCUGUCCACAUCACUGAUGCAGAUGCUGCUGGACACAGAACUGAAACAGAUCAGCAUGGGGGCCAUUCAGCAAUUCAACUUGGAUGUCAUUCAAUGCGAAUUGUUUGCCAGCUCAGAGCCAGUCCCUGGCUUCCAAGGAGACACACUCCAGCUGGCCUUCAUCGACCUGCGACAGCUCCUGGACCUGUUCAUGGUAUGGGACUGGUCAACAUACCUGGCAGACUAUGGCCAGCCAACCUCCAAAUACCUGAGAGUGAACCCAGCCACUGCCCUGGCUCUACUGGAGAAGAUGAAGGACACCAGUAAGAAGAACAACAUCUUCUCUCAGUUCAGGAAGAAUGACAGAGACAAACAGAAGCUGAUAGAGACAGUGGUCAAACAGCUGAGGAGUCUGGUCAACGGCAUGUCCUCCUAAACACACAUAGAUAGAAAGAAUGAAACAUGCAUGCAGUCACAUGCACACACUCAACUGCCAAGACACCUACUGAGGGAGGACAUUCUCACACAUCUAAUGAAGUGACAACACACACACACACACACACACAUACAGGAGAGUGUAUAAGAACAGGACAGCGAAAUACAAAAGAACCACACAUAUACAAACACAAAAGGAACACACACACGCAAGUCAGACGCACACACCACAUAAAUGCACAGCAAUACACACACUGUACAAGGCAUGCAGGGAACCGAUUCCUAGCAAAUACAACACACACAUGAAGCUCUCCUUCCUGUUAUACCUGACUGAAUACUCAAUGUAAAUAACACAUGCACACACACACACACACACACACUUAACAGUUUACUGGACUCUUCACAGGAAUGAACAGUAAAAUGUUUGUAAAGUAUUUUUAAUGGCUAUGAUAAGACAAACUAUGUUUUGUACAUUUGUGAGAGUGCAAUGAUUGUAGCUGCAGAGGAAGUGACAGACACAAGUACUGGGACAAUGAGGCACCACAGGUGAUGGGAGAAUCUACUUCCUGUUGCCCUGUUUAACACAAAAACAUACUUAUUGAAAAUGUCUGAGUUUCGAGCACCUUUGUAGAUGAAGAUGGAAUUUGUUUUCUAGCAUUUAAUUCUGAUGAAUAGACAAAUAAAAUAAUUGGUGUACUCAUCAAAUCCUUUGGUAAAAAAAACAACUUUUUCAUCUUGUAGAUUUAAUGAAACGAUGAUAGUUUUAGAGGCAAAAUAUCAAGCUAUAGUAGGUUGUUCACAGCGUUGACUAAUUCACUUUAACACUUGUGCAUCCCUUAAAUAUGAGUCUCAUGUCCAAAGCUGAAAAAAUAUAGAUACAUUACAUUUACACAGAUUAAUGUGCAGACAGGAAACCAAAACUCGGUUAUUUGGAGAAACCUUGAUCCUGCCAGCCAUUAACAGUCGUUUCUUUAGAAGAAACUUCUUAAACCAAGUGAAAACAUCGUCCCUUUUGGUUUUCACCAGCUGCCAAGCUCCUACACCAUUAUGGAUAUGGAAAGUAGCCAGUGGUGUUAUGACAAAAGACCAAAUUAAAGUCAUUGUCCCAGUACUUCAACCGUUGUAUGUAUGUGUGUUGCUGAGGUCAUGGAUGGACGGAUGGAAGAACAGAAGAAUGGAUGAUGACGUCUUGAUUGACUGAUGUUCAUGAAAAAAAGUGGAGGUUUUGUUGAACUCCUUGGUGGCUUUGCUUGCUGUUUGUCUUUUUUUUUUUCUGCCUCACAUUUUACAUGUAAACCAACCCCUGAGACAGAGCCUCACAAUGACUGAACAUGUAGUUCAGUGUGUGUUUCAACAGGACUCAUGGCUGUCACAACUACUAAAUAUGUAGGAAAAACCUGCUUGUUUGAAUGACUGAUACCACAAAAAGUAGUAUCUGUGAAAUGUGGUUGUUUUUUAAAUUCAUGUCAGUUGUAAGUGUUUUCUUAUCCUGUCAGGUGAAUGUUAAAUUGGAGAGUGAAACAGCAAGCUUCCAAACAAAGCUCCCAAAGGAUGUUUGAUAAAGAUUUUAAACAAGAAUUCCAGGCUUUAGUUGAGGCCAGAAGGUGAUGAACUCUUAACAUGUUCUCUGCUCAUUAGAAUGUAAGAAAUCGGGUUGAAAGUCUGCAAAUGAUUUGGUCCGAUAUGUAUGCACAGGUUGGACUACAUUACAGAACAUAAACCAACCAAAUAAUGUAAAUCUAGUACAAAACACAAAGUCAUGCAGACACAGGAAGGGACAGUGCAGAGUUGUUUUAUUAGAUUGCACACGUCUAUGAAAACCUCCGAGGAGCCGAUGAGGGUUUUAUUUUGGAGUGUCAAAGUGAACAUUGCAUGAAGGAAUCCUAGUAAAGGGUUUGCACAUGAUGUCACUGUAAGCAGAAGUUGCCAAGAUCAUUCCCCCCCCUGAGUGGCAAACACACAAUAUUCAGCAUCUAGCAUCAUCCACUCACAUGGAUAAAACACUGCAAAUAUAGUAAAGAGCUGUUUGUUCACAGGCUGACUCUGAUCACAUUCUUAACCUCAAAUUAUACAUCCUGAAUCCGCACAGCCACAAUCAUCUGCCCAUGUACGCAAGGGUCCAUGUGGACGUCACAUGCUCAGAAGUUAUGAUGGAUUCUUUAUGUGCCACGUGUGUGAUCACGUUCCACUACGCAGACACCUAGUGAAGUAUAAACAGAACUACAUCCUCUGCCCAUUAGGAAAUGUGCCACAAAAUAGCCUACAGAUCACAUGUUAGUAGCAGGUGGAGAUGGGGUUUGAAUGCGUAGUCAUAUUUCAGUGUCAUAGCAGGUUUGGCCACUCAGUGGUGGUGAGGGUAGUCAGGUGAUAUCAUGUGAAGUGACAUCAGUCCAUGCCCUCCUCCCUCCCUCUGUAAAUUCUGUCAGUUGUAGGGUUAAGGACAUUAUACAUGUGAAGAUAACUGCAGUUUGGUCUUACAACCCACCCAAACUACUUGAUUCAUGCUUACAAGAAACCAAAUUCCAAAUGGGGAAUUGUUAUGUUAUUAGUAAUGAUAUAUACAUACAUAUAUAUUUAACAGUUGAGUGACUCGCAUUCUAAAUUCUCUAUUUUUGUUCCUCAGGGUGAAAUGAAGCUUUAGAAUCUCAUUAUCCACAUAUAUCAACAAAGCACAGCAAUAAUGAAUUGGUUCCUUUACAGCCUGGCUGGCAGGUUGAUGCUUACCUGAAACCUGCAAACUCCUGAUGACAAACAUUUUAUAAUGAGACUGUUUCUAUUCUGUUUAUGUUUUGGGUCUGUGCUCUACUUUCAGCAGGCAUUUUUGCACUGAAAAUGAUUGAAGUUUUUUCCUUUUAGAUUUAUUUUUUGCCUUUUUUAAUAGUUGCUUGUAAAUGCCACUGUAUAUACUGCAUAUUUUGUAAAGAAAAUAUUAUAGCAGUUUGUCUGCUACAAACAGAAUUGGAGGUUGACACUGUGAUACACACCUUCAUCAACACCUGAAGUAAAUAUGUAAUUAAUAAGAUUGAAUUUCUGUUUGUUGCUUACUUGGUGGACACAGUUGAGUGCAGUGUGAGAAGCUAAGUGAUUUAUGUUGGUACCUGCUCUCCACUCAUUUGCAUGGUUAAGAUAUUUAAAAAAAAUCCUGUACAACAUUCCAAUAUGAACUAUUUAAAUACUGGUACUCACAAAUUUCAACUCAACUGUUCAUAAACUGCCAUCCUUUCACAUGACCAUAAAUUCUCAGAUUUCAAAUAGAAGCCAAUGUUCAAAUAUCAGCCGGAAUAGCAAAGAAAUAAAGGCUGAUAAAAACAUUGUUACAUUAACAGAAACUGAUCAGCAAUCAAUUUGGGGAAAAUGCUGUUUUUCCCCAAAUCCCUAAAAUUUAUGAUAAAAAGAGAAACUCUGCAAAGGAUUAGUGAGGAUUACAUGACUCUGCUGUUCUGAUGAAAGGACGGCUUCUAAAGAAAAUAUGAUGAGGAAGAAAGGUUUUCUCUAACAAAGCCUGGAUUAAAUAAAAACCUGCUUCUCUGCAGCUGAGGUAAAUAACUGAGAAUUUACAUCAUGUUCACUAUACAAUGUGUCAUAUAAUCUCAUGCAAGACAGCAAAGAAAAUAUUCUGACCUCCAGCUAACAAAUCUUAAAUGCCGAUUCCUCAGUCUGUAGCCUUUUGAUUUGGCAGCAUUUUCAUUCCUUCUCUUCAUCAUAACCCCUAAAACAGUUUCCCGCUAUAAUGGCACAAAUCAAGAUUAUAGAAAUCAAGGUUUUGUGUAAUACUGCUUGUAAAUCAAUGAUUAUCUCAAUUCGAAUACUAAAAAAAAGCAAGAUUUUCUUUCUUGCCUUCCACAGAAGUGGAGAGUGGGUAUAUUUUGAUAUCCAAAUGAAUCCUUGCUUUAACCUUUGUCCCUGUUCUCAGUGAGACACCCUGACUGAGAUGUUUUCCUAAAUUUGUUGUUUUUAUUUUGUGUGCUGUAAUAAAAGUUCAUUCAACAGUAA